GCGAUGUCGCAGCUGUACUACCGCAGAGCGGACAACUCGCUUCACAGGGAUCGAAUCCCGCUGCGAAUCGUGAGGGCCGAAUCGGAGCUGUCGCCCAUGGAGAAGGCUUAUCUGUGUGCCGUGGAGAAAGGUGACUACGCCAGCGUCAAGCAAGCGCUGGAGGAGGCCGAGAUCUACUUCAAAAUCAACAUCAAUUGCAUCGACCCGCUGGGGCGCACCGCCUUGCUCAUCGCCAUCGAGAACGAGAACCUGGAGAUCAUCGAGCUCCUCCUCAGCUACAACGUUCAUGUGGGGGAUGCCCUGCUCCACGCCAUACGGAAGGAGGUGGUGGGAGCCGUGGAGCUGCUCCUCAACCAUAAGAAACCCAGUGGGGGCAUGCAGGUCCCGCCUAUCCUGCUGGACAAGAGGUUCUCGGACUUCACCCCGGACAUAACGCCCAUCAUCCUGGCCGCGCACACCAACAAUUACGAGAUCAUCAAGAUGCUGGUGCAGAAAGGUGUUUCGAUUCCCCAGCCCCAUGAGGUGCGUUGUAACUGCGUGGAGUGUGUGUCCAGCUCCGACGUGGACAGCCUGAGACACUCUCGUUCCCGUCUCAACAUCUACCGCGCCCUGUCCAGCCCCUCCCUCAUCGCUCUGUCCAGCGAGGACCCUUUCCUCACCGCCUUUCGCCUCAGCUGGGAGUUACAAGAACUCAGCAAGGUGGAGAACGAGUUUAAGUCAGAAUACGAGGAGCUGUCCCAUCAGUGCAAGCAGUUUGCCAAGGACUUGUUGGAUCAGACACGUAGCUCGCGGGAACUGGAGAUUAUUCUGAACUACAGGGAUGACCUCAGCUUCUUCGAGGACGAAGGGAACAACGACCUUGCUCGGCUUAAACUGGCCAUCAAGUACCGGCAGAAGGAGUUUGUAGCUCAGCCUAACUGCCAGCAGCUCUUGGCUUCCCGCUGGUACGGCGAAUUCCCUGGUUGGAGGAGACGUCACUGGGCGGGGAAACUGGUCACCUGUAUCUUUAUCGGCAUCCUCUUCCCCCUCUUCUCCAUCUUUUAUCUCGUUGCCCCCAAGAGCCGUUACGGGCUCUUCAUCCGCAAACCGUUCAUCAAGUUCAUCUGUCACACGGCGUCUUACCUGAGCUUCCUCCUCCUACUGCUGUUGGCCUCCCAGCACAUCUUCGCCACUGAGAAGCCUGGUUGUGACAAGCAAGGGCCUGCCCCCACCGGUGUGGAGUGGAUGAUCCUGCCCUGGGUCUUAGGCUUUAUCUGGGCCGAGAUCAAACAGAUGUGGGAUGGAGGAUUUCAGGACUACAUCCAUGACUGGUGGAACCUAAUGGAUUUUGUCAUGAACUCUCUGUAUCUCACCACUAUAUCCCUUAAAAUUGUGGCGUACAUGAAGUAUAGCGGUUGCAAGGAUAGGAGCGACUGGGAGAUGUCUCACCCAACACUUGUUGCAGAGGCUGUGUUUGCCAUCGCCAACAUCUUCAGCUCUCUGCGUCUCAUCUCGCUCUUCACAGCUAAUUCUCACUUGGGACCACUGCAGAUCUCCCUGGGUCGGAUGCUUCUGGACAUCCUCAAAUUCCUCUUCAUCUACUGCCUGGUGCUGCUGGCCUUUGCCAACGGCCUCAACCAGCUAUAUUUUUACUAUGAGACGGAUGGCAUCAAGGUCAAGGAGGGCAAAGAGGAGAAUUGCAAGGGCAUCCGCUGCUCGGUACAGAAUAACGCCUUCUCCACGCUCUUUGAGACACUGCAGUCAUUGUUUUGGUCUAUAUUCGGACUUAUCGCCUUGCAUGUCACCAACGUCCCUGCAGACCACCAGUUCACAGAGUUCGUUGGGGCUACGAUGUUUGGAACGUACAACAUCAUCUCAUUAGUGGUCCUUCUCAACAUGCUCAUUGCUAUGAUGAACAACUCUUAUCAACACAUAGCUGAUCACGCGGACAUUGAAUGGAAGUUUGCCAGGACCAAGCUGUGGAUCAGUUAUUUUGAAGAGGGUGGCACUCUGCCUGUUCCAUUCAAUAUCAUCCCCAGUCCCAAGUCAGUGUGGUAUCUCAUAUGCUGGAUAAAAAAAAACAUGUGCAAGAAAGUGUCGAGAAGACCAGAAACCUUUGGAUCACUGGGGAGACGUGCAGCGGAGAAUGUUAAACUAAAUCACCAGUAUCAGGAAGUUCUUCGAAAUUUAGUGAAACGCUACGUUGCAGCGAUGAUUCGAGAUGCCAAGACGGAGGAAGGGCUCACAGAAGAAAACUUUAAGGAGCUGAAACAGGAUAUCUCCAGCUUCCGCUAUGAGGUCCUUGGAAUGAUGAAAGGGGGCAAGGCUUGUCUACAAGGAACCAAAAUGAACGCUGGAGCCACCAGCACGGCAUAUCCAGACCGCCCUCUUAAAGGACCUCAAGCAGCUCCCGGAGGACAAAUGAAGCCCAUGCUGAACCUGUUCGAUGUCACUACCACUCUCCUCCAGCAGGGCGGCGCUAGAGAUUCCCCCAAAAGCCCUGAGACCUACAGCGACAUGGCAAACGGCUCCAUUGCCCUACCAUCGGAGAAGAUCAAUGCCGAAAGGGAUUUCCCCAAAGACAUUGCUGGACUGUACCACCAGUUACGUCACCGCGGGCCAAACCACCCUAGCAGGAUAUACUCAGUAUCAGAGGAAGUUGGGGAAUCUGACUCAGAGGACCAGACUCAAGAUGGAAAGGAUAACACACCGGCGGGAAACUCAGCCCAGAAUACGUCCAAGCACUCGCAUACGCUUAGCGUUGCGAUAGAGGAGGAGACGGAGGUGGCAGAAGCCGAAGGAGAGAGGGAGAAUAUUUUGCACACCACGUGUCCUGACAGCAAGGAGAAGGGGGAGGAGAAGAACAAACAGUCAUAG